AUGGCAUCUGGCGGUUGGGUAGUAGAGCUUGAUAAGAAAGAACACAAAAACUGGGUGAUGGUUGGUUGUGCUCUUAACAUUGCCAAAAAAGGAAUAGUACCAACAAUUCAAAACAAAAUGGAAACUUGGUACCAGUCCCUCAUUUCCAGUCCUCCGCUUCAGUCACUUCCCUCUUGCGCAUGCGCACCUUCAGCACCAAAGUGCGCCACUUGCGUCAUCUGGGAAAAGGAACUGAAACGUCACCACAAGUCCGGGAGACCAAAGAUUUGCUGGGACAACAGUGACCGAACACAGUGGGGAUCUCCGACUGGGGCAUGGGAGAUAGCUAAAGUCUAUAUGCCAACUCUUGGAAGCCGAGCAAAGGAUGUCAUCGACGCAGAUAGAACCGACAUUGGUGGUCUUUUGAAUUUGUUAGAAUGGUGUCCUUUUAUCAAUCCCCCUGUGAGUCGAACUCUUUUGAAUUCAGCAAGAGAUGAAUGCAGAAAUCGUUGGGCGCAUGCUGCCAAACAAGAAAUUUGUGAUGCCGAUGUUCAAACUAUAUUGAGUCAUCUCAAUAAUCUGCUUAGUGACCCAGUGUUUAACUCUGAACUAUCAGCCCAAAAAGCGUCCAGUGAUUUGCAAGAUUUGUCCCGUCAAGGUCUGAUUAACGUCAGAGAGUCUGAGGUUGAAGCUCUUCACUUGUUGCGGCAAUGUCUGGAGGCCGAUCUGAGAAAGUGCCAAGAGGACUUGGCAUAUACACUUCGACAUUUAUCUCAGGUCCAAGAACAAAGUAAUGAGAACAAAUCUGAGAUCACUACACUAAAGCAGCAAAUGGGAGAAGAGUCAAAAAACUUGUCUGAAACUGUAUCCACGAUAUUGAUUGAAGUUGCUGCCUUCAACAAGUUCCUAAACCAAAGAGAUGAUCUUAGAAACACAAUUGAGGUUAUUUGUGAUGACUUAGAUGAAUUGUCGAAUGGUAUACAGAAGGUUGUUCUGGAACUAAACGAAGUUGGACUGAUCUUACCCCAGUUAGAAAGCAACCUCAAAAACUUGUAUUGUGAAGUACAGAAAGUAGCCAAGAAUUUCUCUACAAACAAAAGCUCGAUCUCAAGAUUACAAGAAGAUGUCAUGGAGGUUAAAGAAGAAAUGGAAACAUUGAAACACAAAACCCAGGUUGGUCUUUACAAGGGAGACGAUGGCGACGACGAUGAUGACAUUCUUUGCACGGCACCGAUCGGAUUAACAGAGUUUACCGGCCGCAAAUCAGAACUAGAAUGGCUUGAAAGAAAUCUUGUUUUGCAGAACCCGGAGAAGAAACCCGGAACCUCAACUUGUAUUAAAACAAUAUGCGGCCUUGGAGGCUGUAGAAAAACUUCCCAGGCGGCGUGUUUUGGGUCAUUGGUGAAAAUGAUGAAAGUGUACGGAAAUCCGUGGUCGAAAUACUUACGUUUGUCAAUAUCAGCGCCUCAGUAACCGACAACAUAGAGGACAUUUUGAACAAAUUCGUGUCAUGGUUGUCCAUAAUGAAACGUCCAUGGCUUCUUGUGGUAGACAAUGCCGAUGAAUUAAAUGAUCCAAACUGUCCGGCAGGCGUUAAGAAGAUAUGCAAAGGGUUGUGGCAAAGAACGCACCUUCCAAGGAAGCAUGGUCACAUACUUGUUACAACCAGAGCAAAUGCAACACAGAGUAGAACAUUUUUGAAGAUUUCAAGUGAUGAUUGUUUGAAGUUACAGUGCUUCAGUGAAGAAGAAGGUGCAUUAUUUCUAAUGCAACGGACAGGUCUCGGAGGGAACGAUCUUGACCCAGAUGCUAUUUGUUUGGCGAAAGAACUGGGAUCCCUACCGCUAGCUCUCGAACAAGCCGCCGCGUACAUAUCUUCCAGCCCUCUUCCACUUAAUUUUAAAGAUUACCUGAACAGAUAUAAAGAAGUUAAGCUUCGUCUUUUAAAACAGCAACAUGCCACGGCUCUAAGUCUGGAAGCACAACAUAGGUUGUCAACUCACACAACCUGGGUGAUGAACUUCGAAUAUGUUAAAAAAAGGUCACCUGCCGCUGCAAAGAUUAUGCGUAUUUCUGCUUUUUUUGAAUCUGAAUAUAUUCCUUUCAAUGUCAUCAAUCGUGGAUCCCCUGAAUGUAAUCAAGAGGAACAGAGAGAAUGUUCAUUCUCUUAUUCAGAUAUUGGUGACAUCCUCAAGAUACUAUCAAGCUACUCUCUUUUCUCGGUAAACCACCAGUGCAAACUGUUCCGUGUCCACAAGCUUGUCCAACAAGUUGUUAGAGACAGUCUUACGAAAUCAGAAAGGAUAAAGACAUUGGUGGAAUGCGUUCGCGUUCUUCGCUUUGCGUUUUUACAGUUUUCUGUAUUCGAGAAUUUCAGGUCAGGCGACCUUUACGAAAUGGAUUUGGAGGACCAGCUUAUUGUUUUCUCUCUUUUGCUGCACUUUCUCAAGUUGACAAGUUAUAUGAAAGAGGAAAUGAACGAGACAAAUGAGGAUGACACCGGUGAUCUCUUUAACGUGGACACCUAUGACUUAUGCAAACUUGUACAUGAUCUAACUAGGACACGGAGGUCUCUGUAUUUGUUAAAUGCAGAACUCUCGGACUUCUUCUUGCAACUCUUUAGAAUGGUUUUCGGUGACAGUGAUCCGAGCGAGCUCCUCUUUGAGAUGACCAACGUAAGUAGCAUCAAAUGCAACACUCAAGGCAAAGACGAAGGAAAGAAAUUAAUGGAUAAUGUUAUGCAAAAGUUGUUUGAGUUUGAGAAAUCGGGUGUUGUUAUAGAAGCCAACAUCAAGUUCCAAGUUCUCUAUCAAAUGGCAAAUUUUUUCUUUGUUGAAGGAGAGGUAAAGAAAUGCUACAAUGCUUUAUUGGACCUUGAGAGUUUAAACUUACCAAUAAGCGCUGCUAAUACUGCAGAGCUACAAAUGUGCAUUGCGGUUGUAGAAAAUUUUGGGAUGAUCAGAAAAACCAGCCAUCGUGCCAUGAAAGCCGUAGAAUUAGCAAAGAAAAUUUAUUCUUCGGAUGACCCAAAGUUGCUGCGGAUGCUUCAGUAUGCCGGCACGAUACUUUACGACAGCGGCAAGUUAAAGGAAAGUAAAAUAUACGCCAAAGAAAUGCGAGACAUCUCUAUGACGCUACCUCCCUGGUCAGAUGAUAUUGGAUGUGGGAUGCACUCUCCUCUGUCAUAUUUUUGUGAAUUAAACCACGAAGUCAUGAAAGACGUAUUGCUAGAGAUUUUAGAAUACAGAUGUCCUCAUAUAUACAGUUGUAUAUUAGAUGGCUAUGUGAAUAACUGUAUACCUUAUCUUGAUGACGGAUUCGAAGAUUUCAUUGAUGUAUAUUUACACUGUUUAAUGAAAUGCGUUUGUAUCGCUCUCAGAGAGAGUAAUAAUUCGAAAUUUUCCGCGGAAACUUUGGCCAUUUACCGACGAAUUGGGGAAACAUUUGUUUCCCUACGAAUGAAGCAUUAUGGCUCCAUCUUCCCAGAUAUGGAAGAGGCACGUUGCUUUUUAAUGACAGUAAAUAUCCUCUCUAGAACUGAUGAAGAGGAUGUGUUUAGAAGUCGCCAACUACCAGUAUUUGUAAGCUGCCAGGGCCGGCCUGAACAGUGCCAAUGCAGACCUUGCGCGGAUUCAAUUGGGGACCGCUCAAGGCGUUACAAAGAUGCAGGUAACGCGUUUUUCAGUUUAGGCGACUAUUUGAGGUCACUGGAAUUCUAUAACAAAGCCUUAAACUUGACUCCAAAAGAUGCUAAGUUAUUAACUAACAAAGCGUCUGCGCAAGUCAAGCUUUCUAAGCAGAAAGCACAGAGUCAACCUUUAAAAGAGCAACAGAACAUUCUUCAACAUGCUCUUCAAGACUCUCUUAGCGCGAUAUCUGCAGAUCCUUCUUGGGUGAAGGGAUACUACUGGAAGGCUGUUUGUCUUGCUGAACUUGGGCAAAGAGGUGCAUCACUUGCUGCAGCUGCAGUUGCUGAAUGCCUGUUUCCACUGCAAUGGACCCAAAUACCUGCUGUUGUCGAGCAUUUUGGACGCUACAUUGUAAAAGACGUAGCUACUUCUGAAGAUCUCGGGCGCGCCGUAGAGAUAAGGGAAAACAGUCUCGUAAUUGUGGUCCGUAGUGGGAAAUAUGUGCUAACUCAGCCUUUAAAGGUUCCAUCAAAUGCAGUGAUAGUUGGCCUUGGUAAGGUCGAAAUCACCUGUGUCAAAGGCGUUCCACUGUUCCUGGAUAAAACUGUUUACAUCGACAACAUUGAACUAACACCCUCCGCGGAGUUCAUCAGAAUGAACAAAGAGGAUGCUAAAAAGUGCCUCGAUCGUGGACAGUUAGACCAGGCGUUGUCUUUGUAUAGCAAGGUAUUGGCCUCAUGUCCAGAAAACACACAGCUUCUUACAGCAAGGGCUUCGACUUACUUGAAAGCAGCGAAAGAAAAGAGCAACACGUGUGAGCGGGAAUCUUUGCUAGAGCUUGGUCUGGAAGACACCAAAUCCACCAUCAGAGCUGACCCUUCUUGCUUACUUGGCUACUCUACCAGAGCUGCGAUUAUGACAGAGUUGGGGAGGAAACACGAAGCCUUGGCCUCUGCUGCUGUGUUUAACCACUUGAGCUCUGGUCGCGAUAUUUCAUCAGUCAUUCAGCGUUAUGGAGCGUUGCAGAUCCAUGUUGUUGAAAAUUCAGAUGAACUGCGCAAUUUUCUUGAAGAAAUAGAGGAGUAA